UUUGCUGAGCCGUAUGUCAAAAGAGUGUAUCUGCCUUACCUGAUGCCACCGAUCAUCGGCAACGAAAUUGAUGAGUUUGUAGACAGGGAACGCAGUGGUACUCUGAGCGUCGGGACCGGAGAGCGUCUUAAACCUGGAAAAUUUAGCAACCCAAACCAAAAAGUUGAUAGGGUAAGUGGCUUUACCAAGUCAUAUACUGGUUGCUGA